GUAUGCCAUUAAACUAGUUAAAUACCGCACAUCCUAGCGAUACGAGUCACAAUGCGCGGCAAAAAAAUAAAUAAUUUGUUAUAUAAAUUAUUACCGGGAAAAUAUAUUCGUUUUUGUAUUUGACUGCAUUUUGCGAUAUCAUUUUCAGAGCGUAAAUGAUUUUAGAUAACGCGGACAGGUAUUACCAACUAUAUAGUCGAAUAUAGAAUGAAUCUGAGCCUGGAAAAUGAAGCUCUCAACAGAUUAUGUGGUUCACCAUUCUGGAACUCGUCACUUUCGUGGGAUACCAACGACCCAGACUUCACCAAAUGUUUCGAGAAAACGGUGCUAGUGUGGAUUCCGUGUGUGUUUUUGUGGAUUUUCUCGCCCUUGGAAGUGUAUUACAUAAAAAAUAGCAAAGACCGGGACAUACCAUGGAACUGGAAAAACUCGUUGAAGUUCUUAGCGACCGCCUUGCUAUGCGCGAAUUGCUUAAGCGAUCUAAUAGUCAACGCCGAUGCAGCUUACGGACCCCCAGUGAAUACAUAUACGCCGCUAGUGAAAUUGGCAUCUUUUGCACUGGCGGGGACGCUCGCCUUCUACAACAAACGAUAUGGUUUACAAAGUUCGGGGUUGCUGUUUUUGUUUUGGUUUUUCACAGCGGUCCUUGCAACGUUUCAAUUUCGCACGGAAAUACGCACGGUCAAAAGGGAAGGGGCACCCGAUGACCAAUACGAGUACGUCAGUUACUUAGUCUACUACCCCCUAGUUGUGGCGAUGUUUCUGCUCAACUGCUUCGGAGAGGGGACGCCCAGAGUUUACCAAUACGCCAAAGCCAAGAAGAAGAAUCCAGAGGACAGCUGCAGUUUUCCAUCACGAAUCACUUUCCUUUAUUUGGACCCGAUGCUGUUCAAGGGGUUCCGCAAACCGUUACAAGCGAAAGACAUGUGGGACAUGAGACCUGACGAUUCGGCAGAGGCGAUCGUGCCCGUUUUCGAGGGAUAUUUCAAUAAGGCGUUGGCAAAAAGCAAAAAUAUCGAGAAGGAGCAACGAGACAAAGUGUCUUAUAAAGCAGACGGGAGCCGAGUUGAGUUUAAGAGACACUCCAAGCAGAAGACGGCCUCGUUUUUGCCUGCCCUCUGCAAAACCGUAUAUUUCCCCUUCUUGAUUGGGUCUGCAGUUAAAUUUAUCGCUGACGUUACUCAGUUUGCCAAUCCUCAAAUAUUGGGGCUCUUGAUUGGAUUCGUGGGCUCUGACGAACCUCGUUGGAGAGGCAUUUUUUACGCUGUCUUAAUGUUUAUCGUGGCCUGUGUCCAGACACUCCUCCAAAACAAACAGUUCGACUUAAUGUUCAAGGUGGGGAUACGGACCAGGACCGCAUUGACCGCGGCGAUCUACAGGAAAGCUCUGAGGGUGUCAAACGUUGCCCGAAAGGAGAAGACUGCAGGUGAAAUAGUGAACUUGAUGGCCGUGGACGCCCAAAAGUUUCAGGACUUGGUGCUUUUUCUAAACUUGCUGUGGUCGUCUCCCUUUCAAAUUUGCCUAGCCGUUUACUUUUUGUGGCAAGAGCUAGGACCGUCGAUAAUGGCGGGCUUAGCGGUCAUGAUACUGCUUAUCCCGAUCAACGGUUUUAUAGUUAACAAAAAUAAAAAACUUCAAAUUAAGCAAAUGAAAGACAAAGACGAGAGGGUGAAGCUUAUGAACGAGAUCCUGUCGGGGAUAAAAAUACUGAAGUUAUACGCUUGGGAACCCAGUUUUGAACAACAGGUCAUGAAAAUCAGAAACAAGGAGGUCUCUACGUUGAGGAAAAGUGCAUACCUUGAUGCGUGCACCACUUUUAUAUGGAACUGUGCACCAUUCAUGGUAUCUUGCGUUACGUUUGCGACAUACGUGCUUAUAGACGAAAGGAACGUACUAGACGCUGGCAAAGCUUUUGUCUCACUGUCGUUAUUCAAUAUCCUUAGGAUGCCGUUAAGUUUCCUUCCAAUGACGAUAUCACAGUUGGUCCAGACAUGGGUGUCCGUAAAACGAUUGAACGGUUUUUUCAACGCCGAAGACCUCGACGAAAACUCCGUCUCCCACGACCCAAACGAAACCGAUCCUCUUGUGAUCGAAAACGGAACGUUCAGCUGGGGCGAAGGACCGGUGCUGAAGGAUAUCAAUAUCCGCGUCGCCAAUCGUUCGUUGACCGCCGUGGUCGGUGCCGUGGGGGCGGGAAAAAGCAGUUUGAUUUCCGUGCUGUUAGGAGAAAUGGAGAAAAUCCGAGGGCACGUCAACACGCUGGGAUCGGUGGCAUACGUGCCACAGCAAGCGUGGAUCCAAAACGCCACCGUUCAAGACAACAUCACGUUCGGCGAGGAAUUCGAUAAAAUCCGAUACCAAAAGGUAAUCGAGGCGUGCGCGCUCAAACCGGACUUUGAAAUGUUGGCGAACGGCGAUCAGACAGAAAUCGGAGAGAAAGGGAUAAAUCUAUCGGGAGGUCAGAAACAGAGAAUAAGCUUGGCUAGGGCGGUAUAUUACGACGCUGACGUGUACCUCUUGGACGAUCCUUUGAGCGCAGUAGAUUCGCACGUGGGGAAACACAUCUUCGACCACCUACUGAGUCCUACGGGAUUGCUGAGAAACAAGACGAGAGUGUUGGUGACGCACGCGGUCACCUACCUUCCGCAAACCGAUAAGAUUAUAGUGCUCAAAGAUGGCGAGGUGUCGGAAACGGGAACUUACAAAGAACUAUUGAAGAGGAAGGGCGCGUUUGCCGAAUUUCUGAUACAGCAUAUCUCGGAAGGUGUCGACGACGAGGAAGAACUGCAAGAAAUUGAAGACCAACUUGUCGAAACUCCCCUGACAGAAGACUUGAAGCGGACGAUAAGCCGCCAACGGUCCAAGGUGUCGGAAUCUCAUUCGGACACGGGCUCAAAUCAAGGGCUAAACGGCUUCGUUCGAACAAAAUCCACAGAGAGUUUGCGCAGUGGCAAAAGCAUUAAAAGAAAACCAAGCCGAGCCGAGUCGAUCAAACCGGCGGAAAAGAAAGAAAGAGGAAAACUAAUAGAGGCGGAAAAAAUGGAAACUGGCAAAGUGAAAUUGAGCGUGUACACUUAUUACCUUGGUGCCAUAGGCGGGUUCCUUAUUUCCGCGAGCACUUUCUUCAACGCAGGUUUUCAGGGCUUCGGUAUAGGUUCGAACCUCUGGCUGGGACGAUGGUCCGAAGACACAAACAUGGUGGUCAAUGGGACGGUGGACACCGGUUUAAGAGAUAUGUACCUCGGGAUAUACGCGCUGCUGGGUAUAUGUCAAGCAAUUUCAAUAUUCGCUUCCAAUAUUUGCUUCGCCUACGGUACAAUGAACGCAGCGGUGAAACUUCACAACCUCGUUUUGAGCAACGUGAUGCGUUUGCCGAUGUCAUUUUUCGAUGUAACUCCGUCCGGACGGAUCCUUGGACGGUUCUCGAGCGACAUAAUAGGAGUCGAUCUCAGGCUGCCGAUGAAUUUCAACGUUUUCUUUCUUAACUCGAUAAAGGUCAUCGGUACACUGUUCGUGAUUUGCUACACGACUCCGCUCUUCGCAGUAGUGAUAAUUCCGAUUGCCGUACUUUACCUCCUCAUCCAGAGGUAUUACGUUGCCACUUCGCGCCAAUUGAAACGCCUAGAGUCCGUAUCAAGAUCUCCCAUCUACUCUCACUUCGGCGAAACGAUCACCGGCACGCACGUCAUCAGAGCGUACAAGCAACAAGACCGUUUCAUUAAAGACUCUGAUUGGAAAGUUGACCUGAACCAAAUGUGCGUCUAUCCGAGCAUGAGCUCCAACAGGUGGCUCGGGGUACGAUUGGAGAUGAUCGGUAAUUCGAUCAUAUUCUUCGCUGCACUCUUUGCGGUACUCGGAAGCGAUCUGAUGCCGGCAUUGGUCGGUUUAUCUGUUAGUUAUUCGAUGCAGAUUACUCAAACGUUGAACUGGUUGGUAAGAAUGACGUCAGACGUCGAGACUAACAUCGUUGCGGUCGAGCGUAUCAAAGAAUAUGGGGAGAUUCCCCAGGAAGCGGCGUGGGAAAUUCCGAACAAAACUCCGAAAAGGAGUUGGCCGGACGAUGGUGCGGUGAACUUUCGCGACUACUCGGUGAGAUACAGGCCGGGUUUAGAUUUGGUACUCAAAGGAGUGAACUUCCAAGUUGGAGGCGGCGAGAAAAUUGGUAUUGUCGGGAGGACAGGUGCCGGCAAGUCUAGCCUCACGCUUUCGUUGUUCAGAAUUAUAGAAGCAGCAGCAGGUAAAAUCGCCAUAGAUGACGUGGACAUUUCGGAAAUCGGUCUGCAUUCUCUCAGGUCGAGGCUAACCAUUAUACCCCAAGACGCCAUACUUUUCUCUGGAUCUCUCCGAAUGAACCUCGAUCCAUUUGAUAACCACACCGAUGAUGAGGUGUGGAAAGCACUGGAGUUGGCACAUCUCAAGCCGUUUGUUAAAGGAUUAGCGGCUGGACUAGCUCACAAGAUAACGGAAGGAGGAGAUAAUUUGUCGGUGGGGCAGAGACAACUGAUAUGUCUCGCUAGGGCACUAUUGAGGAAAACUAAAGUGCUUAUACUUGACGAGGCUACUGCCGCGGUCGAUUUAGAAACGGACGAUCUAAUUCAAAAAACUAUUCGGACUGAAUUUGCUAAAUCUACGGUUAUAACAAUAGCACAUAGACUGAACACCAUUAUGGAUUCGGACAGGAUCUUGGUGUUGGACAAGGGCCAGAUUGCGGAAUUUGAUACACCAGCAAGUUUGCUAGAGAACAAAGGCUCUAUAUUUUAUGGAAUGUGUAAAGAUGCAGGUCUAGCUGGAUAAAAUUUAAUCAACAAUUUUACAAUAACUAAAUGAUUUAUUUUAUAAGGAAGUAAUAAGCCAAGUAAAUUAAAAUAUGGACAUUUUUUAUUACCCACUCACUACAUUAUUUCAUUUAUUUUAGCUACUUUAUCAGCCAAAAUGUGAACUUGUCAACCAGCUUCAUUUUAUAUUUAUUUAUUUAUAUUAAGACCGUCACAAUUUAUACAUUCGAUAAGAUUAAUGUCAUCAUACGAAAAUUUCAAACUCGUAGCAGAUGCAAUAUGUACACAAAGCAACUAGGAGUACCUAAAGGAGACCAGACAAGCACUAUACCUCAAAAAUCCACCAAUCAAAAUGCCUUACUCAGUCCCCAUAAAAAUUAUAAAAAGCAAACAUUGCUUUUAGGGGAUAAAAGUAAUUUUAGUCAAUAACUCUACAAACUAAAUAGAGUAAAAGGACUGCUGUGUUCUAGAAAACUUAUCAAAUUAACUGAAACGCUCAAUACUAUAUACUGUUAGAAAGCCUCAGAGAAAAAAAAUGUUUUUUAGGGUUUAAUUUUUAUUUUUAGUAAAUUUUGAAAUGUAUAAAAAAUAACGGCUUCCUGCCACUGUAAAUUUUAAAUGCAGCUCAUACAUAAAAAAAAUGUCAGUCGCUUACAGUAAUAAAGAUCAGUAAAAAUCUGGCUUAGGAAAAUUAUGUUGCUGUACAGUUCAUGGGAAACAUUUUUUAAUUCUCUGUUGUGUGAAUUUGUGUAAUUUCCAGAUUACAUUAACUAUAUACCAGCUUAAUAAAAAA